AAGCUGCCAUGACGCGAGUCGAAACGCGAUGUCCACCUCAAACCCUAAUUAAACAAAACCACGCUAAUUUGUACCGGUUCCUCUCAGUUAUAGUCAUCGCAGGGUUGACCGCAGCAACCUACUUUGUAGUGAAGAGACCAGCGGACUCUCUGGGUGACCCAUCAGACCAGUACGUGGUGAAAAAGAUCCCGCGGGUUUACACUAAGUUGGAAGGCGUAGAUCCUGAGGAGCGGGAGGUGUUUCAAGGAUUCCGCACCUCGUUUUUGCCUCAUGAGGAAAUCGUGCUCGCCAGAACACAUUCGAAGGCUAAAAAAGAGAUCUACGAAGGUAAUGUGACUAGUGACAUAUUAAUAUGGGGCAGUUCAGAUAAACAGCAUGGAACUCCGACGAGGGUGAAGCGAAGGAGUCACUUUACGUUUACUUCACAGGAUUACGAUCACGAAAUCCCUACUCACAAACACAAAGCGGAAGGUAAAGAGGAUGACAACGAAGAUAUUGAAAGUGAAAGCGAGGAUGAGGAAUAUAAUUUAUCAGAUAGUAUUGUUUAUAGUGACAAUGACGACGAUGAAAAUAUUGAGAGCGUGGUCCACCCCGAAACGCGCGUGGACCGAGGACCUUUUGAUGAUGUAGUGGAACAAAUCCGAGGACAACCCGAACUAGAAGAAGAAGAAAUGGUAUCCUCAGCGCACAUUUAUAAGCCUACCAGGUCUUAUACAGGCAUUCAUGCAUUUUGGAAAGGGCAAGGCGAUAAGGAAACUAUCAGGAACACACAAGCUAACAUAAUGAAGCAAUAUAUGGAUGCUGAAGCUGACCCUUGUCAUGAUUUCUAUCAAUACGCUUGUGGAAACUGGCCGGCUCUGAAUCCCAUACCUGCGGACAAGGCUGGCUACGACACUUUCGAAAUGUUAAGAGAAAACUUAGAUACCGUUCUGAAGGAUCUUUUGGAAUUCAAAAAGAAUGAAAAAGUAAAAAGUGUGUAUCCAGGACCACGACUGGAUAUGGAAGACAAUUUCCUAAAACACAUUUAUCCCAAAAAACCUUCACCGGAACUUGAUAAUCUGUAUGUCGAUGUAAUUGAAGAUGGUUCAAGAGAAAUACUAAACAAAACAGCUAUAGAAGAGAACCGAUACCAAAUGAAUACGAAAGCGGAUAAAUCAGAAAUUGUCAACCGUAUUCGUAGAUUUUUAGAUAAGAAGUCAAAACUAUUCAUGAAACCUGUGUCUGAAAUGAAGUACAAAUUACACAAGUACUUACAUAGAAAUAAGAAUCAGCAUAAAACUAAAAAGAAUCACGAAGAAGAAAAGACUAAAAACAUGUUUGUGUAUUCUAAAAGCAUUAGAAAAAGAUCAACAAUGAAUCGUUAUCAUAAUAGUAGAAAACUGUUAGCUUUAACAAGAAACGAUAAAAAUAAACAAUUUAAACCAAAAAGAGAAAUCAUGAUUACAACUGAAGUUAUUUUCAAGAAAGUUGAUACUAAAGAACCUCCUGAUCCCGCGAAUGGAGAUGCUACAUUAAAAGCUAGAUUUUUAUUUAAAUCUUGCAUGAACUAUGAAAUUCUACAAAAACGUGGCCAUCAACCACUCUUGGACUUACUGGAUCUAUUAGGUGGAUGGCCUAUUUUGAACCGCAACUGGAAUUCGAGCAACUUUGAUUGGCUUGAGUUGAUGGCAAAACUGCGUUUGUACAACAACGAUAUUUUGAUCUCGGAAUGGGUCGGUCCGGAUAUCAAGAAUUCUGAUGAGUUCGUUAUUCAAUUUGACCAGACAAGUUUAGGUUUACCAACGAGAGAUUAUUUUCUUCAAGAUGCCAAUAAAGUUUAUUUGAAUGCUUACAAAAGUUAUCUCAUCAAAAUAGCAAGGCUAUUGGGCGGAGAUCCAGCUUACGUUCAAACCAGUGCCGAUCAACUUAUCGACUUUGAAAUCAGGCUAGCCAAAAUAACAUCAGCUCCAGAAGACAGACGUAACGUAUCAGAACUGUACAAGCGAAUGCCUCUUCACAAGCUUGAGGAGUUGGUGCCAGAAGUAAGGUGGCGCAGGUACCUCUGCAUCGUGAUGAACCGUACGGUGCAUUCUAAUGAAACAGUGGUCUUAUUUGCUCUUAGCUACGUCAGGCAUUUAGUUCAACUAAUAGAGCACACCGAUCCAAGCAUUUUGUCAAAUUACUUGUUAUGGCGGUUCGUAAGACACCGAGUGAACAACCUGGACGACCGCUUCCAAUCAGCUAAACAACAAUUCUACUUCAUACUAUUCGGCCGAGAACAGGCGCCACCUAGAUGGAAGAACUGCAUAUCCCAAGUGAACUCCAACAUGGGCAUGGCCCUUGGUUCCAUGUUUGUGAGAAAAUAUUUCGACGAGAUGAGCAAAAAUGACACACUGACUAUGACGAGGGAGAUACAGCAGUCUUUCAGGGAACUGCUGCACUUGACCGACUGGAUAGACGACAAAACGAAGAACCUAGCCGCUUUGAAAGUAGAUGCCAUGAUGCUGCGGAUAGGGUAUCCUGACUUUAUCCUGAAUAAACAAGAGCUAGAUGACAGGUAUAAAGAGGUGAAGAUCCAUCCGGAUAAAUACUUUGAGAACAUUUUGAAUAUACUCCAGCAUUUGACUAAAAUGGAGCAAUCUCGUAUUGGGCAGCCAGUGAACAAGACCCUUUGGAACACAGCACCUGCUGUGGUGAAUGCCUACUAUAGUCGCAAUAAGAACCAAAUCAUGUUUCCUGCAGGAAUACUCCAACCACCAUUCUAUCACAGACAUUUUCCAAGAUCCCUCAACUAUGGAGGCAUUGGUGUGGUCAUCGGACAUGAAAUUACUCACGGCUUCGACGACAAAGGCAGACUCUUCGACUGCGACGGUAACCUCCAUCGCUGGUGGUCUGACUCUGCAAUCGAAGCUUUCCACCGCAGAGCACAAUGCCUCAUUGAUCAGUAUGGCCAGUACGUCGUUCCUGAAGUCAAUAUGAAGCUGGACGGAGUUAAUACACAGGGAGAGAACAUAGCUGACAAUGGCGGAGUGAAGCAAGCAUUUAGGGCGUAUCUACACUGGCUGCAGAAGAAUGGAGAUAAAGGGGAAACCUUACCUGGCUUAAACCACACACACACCCAACUCUUCUUCUUGAAUUUUGCACAGGUUUGGUGUGGGGCGAUGCGACCUGAGGCUAUGCGAAACAAGCUAAAGACAGCUGUACACUCUCCAGGACGUUUUAGAGUCAUCGGGACUUUGUCAAAUUCGCACGACUUUGCUCGAGAGUUCCGAUGCCCGCCAGGGUCACCCAUGAACCCCACCCAUAAGUGCACGGUGUGGUAAAACUCUAACCAGAAAAUCCAUUAAAUAAUUAAGAAAAACUGAUGUAGUUUGGUAGAUUUUGAAUUGAUUUGAGAAUCUCAAAUUCACCAAAGUGCAUUAUCGGCCCGACCUAAAUGAAAUCAACGAAUUUAAAUGCUUAAGGUAAUGAUAGUGGUUACAAAAUACGAGUACCUAAUGGCAAACCUUCCUUCUGUGAUAAUGAUUUUUAAUACGUAAGGUAACAAUAAUUUUCUAGUGUCUUUACUUAUUAUUAUAGGAUUUAUACUAACCUGUCGUUUAAUUAAAACUAAGUUGAUUGCAUCAACAUUUUAGAGAUUUUAACUGUAGGAGUUAUUGAUAUUUGCUACGGUAGAUUUAUUUGAUGGUACAUGUUUUACCUUAUGCUAUUUGUUAAGUAUUGUUUUAUCAAUAAAAAUAGAAUUGAAUGACUA